UCCGACUGCGCCCGCAUGCGUACACGAUCCCUCGAUCGCGCCCCAGUGUCACCCGGCUGUGCUAAAUGGAACUGACCAGCGUUCAAUGUUAAAGAAACAAAGCUACGAGGACAAGGAAGUGAACAUGGCGAUACAGAGUGUUUCAAGAUACCCGAGCAGCCCUGCCGAAGCGACGGAACCGCCCAAAGCCUCCAGGAUCAGCUUCAGCGUGGCUUCGAUACUGGCUGAUACGAAGGCGAACCAAGUCGAUGAGACAGCGGAGAUGAUAAGGCAUCACAGGACGAUACCGGAGUCUCCGUUGAGGCAGUCGCCGUCAGCGCAGCCUGAGUUGCCCGGCGGGAAGUCUAUAUCCCCUAGGCCAUCAUCGCAGACGCCUCCUUUGAAUUUGAAUGUGUCAGCAACGGUGACGUCUUCUGAAGAUGAGUACGAAGAUUCAGUUAAUCAGGAAGAUUCAAUAGUAGAUGUGGAGGACCUGCAGAAUGGGAUGGGCAGUGAGGACGAGGAGAAGCCGUCGGAGAAGGCGCGGCUGGUGCGGCCGACGCCGUUCAGCGCGCUGGCCGCGGCGGCGUACGGGCUGGCCUGGCCGGGCCCGCCGCCUGUUGUCCCGUCUUUUGGUCCGCUGUUCCAGUCACAUUUCCCCGUUGGACCCUUAACAGAUGCGAAUGGGGAGCCGGCGAAGUUGAAAUGCAACCUUCGCAAACACAAGCCGAACCGCAAGCCUCGCACGCCAUUCACCGCGCAGCAGCUGCGAGCGCUAGAGAGCAAGUUUGUCGACAAACAGUACUUGAGCAUCGCUGAAAGAGCUGAGUUCUCAUCUUCUUUGGGACUAUCUGAAACUCAGGUAAAAAUCUGGUUCCAAAACCGAAGAGCGAAAGCAAAACGCGUACAGGAGGCGGAGAUUGAGAAACUCAAAAUGGCGCAGUUUUCUCGCCACCCCCACCACCUGUACCCCCACCCCGCGCUGCAGCAGUAUUUCCACCCCCACCACCUCAUGGGGGGAGGCCGGCCGCUGCCCCCCAUGGGCCUGCCACCGCCGCAUCUGACCAUGGUGCAACCACCUGUGUCAGGAUCACCGUCGCCCAACACGCAAUCUAACCAACAGUGAAACAUCCAAAAAGACGUUAUUACACGUGAUUCAAAUUCAAAUUCGGAACAAUCGAACUGUGAAUAAAAAAAAAUGUUCCGAAAAAAUAAAUCGAAAAAAAAAAAAUAUUGAUUUAUUUUUGCUGUCGCUACCGUAUGGUUGUGAGUGCGGUGAAUUUGAAAAAAAAUGUUUGUAAAUUAUUCUUGUAAAUAUAGCUUAAUGGGAGUUUAGACAAUACUGUGUAUUAGUUUUACGUUCGGACUUAAUUUAAUGUAUAACUAUGUAGUAGGUAAACUUUACCUUUGUACCAAAAUUUUGAUUUGAUGUAUUCCAGUACAAAAUUCGUUCACCAGACUUUCGAAUUCAAUGAAAACUGUAAUAUUGUUGUAAAUAGGAUUUUAUUUUGUACAUUGUUACACUUUAUUCUGUAGUUAAAUAUAUAUAUUUCUUUGAUAUUGACUAAAAA